AUGUCUGGCUACGAUCAGUACAACCAGCAGGGCGGCGGCUACUACAACCAAGGCCAGCAAGGCUACGGUCAGCAGGGUGGCUACCCCCCUCAGGGCGGCUACCAGCAGCAGGGCUACGGACAGUCUUCUGGAUACGAUCAGGGAUACGACCGUAGCGGCAGCUCCGGCUCUGGCGCUGCCAGCGACUACUACGGCGGCAGCGGACAGUCUGAGCACCACCAGCAGUCUUACGGCGGUCAGCAGCACUAUGGCGGCCAGCAGCAAGGAUAUGCUCAGCAGGGUGGCUACGGAGGAUCCGGUGAUCAGGCCCCCGGCGGUGCUCAGGACGGUGAACGUGGCCUCGGUGGUGCUCUUGCCGGUGGUCUGGCAGGUGGCUUCGCCGGCCACAAGGCUGAGCACGGAUUCCUCGGUGCGGUUGGUGGAGCUAUCUUAGGUCACAUCGCGCAGGACGGCUGGAAGCAGCACAAGGAGAAGAAGGAGCACGAGCAGCAGCAGCAAGAGUAUGGUGGCUACGGUGGCAGCCAAUAUAGCGGUGGCCAGCCUCAGGGUGGAUCCGGCAACGGUAUGAUGGAUCAGCUUGGCCAGUUCCUCAAGCGGUAA